AAAACCACUAAAAUACAGACGUAUUGUCAACGCUUGUGUGCCGCUAACCUUAAAAUUUAUUUUUUCCACAAAAAUACGUAUAUUUACGUAAUUACUCAACAGUUUUUACAAAGAAAUCAUGGCGUUAGCAAAGCCUAAAUCCGAAAUGAGCUCCGAGGAGCUCCAAGCUCGCGAAGAAGAAGAGUUCAACACCGGACCACUUUCAGUGCUUACCCAGUCUGUGAAAAACAACACUCAGGUCCUAAUUAACUGCAGAAACAACAAAAAGCUUCUUGGACGUGUAAAGGCUUUCGAUAGACAUUGCAACAUGGUAUUGGAAAACGUUAAAGAAAUGUGGACUGAACUACCGAGGCCCAAUAAAGGAAAGAAGAAGUCGAAGCCAGUUAACAAAGACAGAUUUAUAUCGAAGAUGUUUUUGAGAGGAGAUGCUGUUAUUAUGGUUGUCAGGAAUCCUUUAGCCACUGCCAGUUAAGGAUAUUAUUUAAGCACUAUAAUUUUAGUUUAUUUUGAGGGUUUACUUUUUUUAAGCAAUUUAUAUUUAAGAAUUUUC